AGAAUGGAACAGGAUGUGAUUAAAUUUAGAUGUUUUGCUGGGAGGAAAGCGAGCAUUUACUAAAUGUCAUCUGAGAGGGAGCUGGGCUUUCUGAAAGCAGCUGGGCUUCUAAGCGACAGUGAAAGUUGGUCGGGUUUGCCAAAGCUGCUUUUCUGAGCUAAUCCCUGUCCGUUUCCACAAGGCAAAUUAACACUCGUAUUAGCGUUCCUCCCGAGGGGCCGGGGCCAGGAGGCCGCCGGCGGGCGCUGGCCGUGAGGGAGGCUCGGCCGGAGCCGGCGGUGCCGCCCGGGGCGCGGCCGUUACCAGGCCAGCGGUGAGGGCCCCGCGCCGCCAUGGCAGGGCCGCUGCGGCCGGUGUACGAGGGGCGGUUCACAGACAGGUUUCCACACAUCUCGGCCGCUGGGAAGUUGUUUCCAACUGGCGAUACGGCUGCGCGUUGCCUCACUGAGAUUGUACCCAGGCCCGUUACUCCAACUAUUGUGCGAAAGUUUCGAAAUACGACAAAUCCAGCUCCUGGUGUUGAAAGAAUAUUCUAUGGCAGAGCGGAUGAUCCUGACAUUGCAGCUCACUUGACACACGGCAUACAGUCACGUUCUUCACUUGGUGCAGCUUCAUUGAUAAAUCCACUUCCUAAAACUAAUUUUCAACAAAAAAUACAAGAUAGAAAAGAAGCAAUCUACUUCAGUAACCGUGAAACACCCUUGGGCAAAUCACAUGAUCAGUCUCUUAUGUUACCUAAGGGCUUAGAUCUAACUAAUACUACAUUUGGAACAAAAAUCAUCCAAGAUGCACCAGCUGGGGAGCUUAUAAAUCCACCAAAAACUUUUGAGGAAGUUGAUAAAGAAGCCAGAAAAGGACAUGAUCUGUAUGUUGUGUCGCACAAUGAUUAUUAUGCGGGAGAAGCAAUAAAUAGGAAGUAUGACUCACCAAACUUCAACAAGUCUUUUGUGUAUGGAAUAGAAACCCCUCACUUCAAAGAUGGACGAAAUGUAUCCAAAUCCUUAAAUUGGCUCUGUGAUCUGCAAGGGAAAAAAGCAGCAAAAAUUGUAUCCAAAAGAAGUGAUGAUUUCAAGGAAAAAUUUCAACCUCAGGUUGGAAAAGUCCUUGAUCCUAUAGCAGAAACUAUGAAUGUUCCCCCAGGCCAUACAUUUGGAAUGUUACUCCGUCCAGAUGAAUGUGGAGUUGGCGAUCUUCUUCACUGUAGGGCUCCAAGUGAGUUCCUUCGUGGCAAAGACAGAGAGAGAGCUGUGCUAGCUGCAGUUCGACAAAGUUUGAAGAAAGCUAACUAUGAAAAUUUUGAUAUGUUGCUAGAAGCACUUAGGCAUUAUGAUAAGGAUGGUAAUGGAAUGAUAGACAAAGAUGACCUGCGGAAGUCCUGUUUUCAACUUAAUCUGAACCUAGAUGAUGAGCUCUUGGAUUCCUUAUUUGACUAUUGUGAUUUGGAUAAAGAUGGUCUAAUCAGUUAUCUGGAGUUUGCAAACUUUCUUAACUGGAAAGACAAAAUGGCUGUUAAAGAAUUUGAAGAAAAAAUAAUUACAAAAGGGAAAAAAAUAAAUGCUCCUGCUCUGUCUGGCACAAAUGCAGAUGAUGAACCACUGCUGAAGCAGGAAGAUCUUGUAUUAAAAGAACCAGGAAGCUCAGAGAAGACACCAAAAACACUUACACGACCAUCAGACAGUGUAUUUGCAGAUUAUCAAACAACUUCUUCUCAGUAUAAUGCUGUAGUAGGUGGUCUCCCAACAACCUAUUAUCCAGUGUGUGGCAUUCCAACUAUUCGUUCAGAUAUUCCUGCUCCUCGAAUUCGCCGCAUCAGUGACAGAACUAAUUAUGGUGAUGAGGCCAAUGCUUAUGCAUUAUUGUUCCCUUCUGUCUUCAGUCAAAAGGGAGUGUAUGAAAAAGACUUUUUUAAAACAAGACCAAAGGCAGAGGUUGCACAAAUUCUCCGCAACAUUGGUAUGAACAUUUCAGAUGAAAGAUUUGAAGAAAUAUGGAAGCAAGCCUGUAUGAAACAACAGAACGAAGAGGUUUGUGUACAAAAUGUCAGGAGUAUACUGGAUGAGAUAGAUGCAACGCCCAAAGUCUAGAAUUAGCAAUUGUUUUGUGUGCAUGUGAUGCAUAUAUUUAAAUUGACAUCAGUCAUAAUUUUGGUGCUGAAUACAAUAAACAUUUAAAGUAAGAUGUUUUUAUAUAACUAGAGUUCAUUGUUUAUUGUCUUUCUGAAUACUGCAUUCACCACAAAUUUAUAUAAAUGUUUCUGCCCUAGUUGCAGUUACUAGGAACUGUUAUCUGUAUGAAGAAAAGAGGAUACAUAUACAACAUGUUUGUGAAAAGAAUUCAAAUUUUUAUCUUACAUUCAUUAUUCUGUUAUAUUUUUUAAACAUUGUUUUUAUAUCUAAAUCAUAGUACUUUAGAAAUGGACACUUCUGCACUUAGGAUUUUUCUCUCUCUGCAAGACCUCUUAAAGAUAAUUAUCAUAGAAAAACAUCUAGCCUUUUUUCUAGUGUUCUGUAACUUCUUGUUAGUAAAAUGGUAGCAAACAGAGAAUUGACCAGGGUGUUAUUUGAUGUGUUUAAAAAUCCGUGUGACAAAGUGCUGACAGUAAGAUACUUAGUCAUGGGUGUGGGGUCUAAUGCAUUCUCAUGAAGUAGACACCAUAAGUAUCAAUCUAUUAAGUGCAAAAAGAAAUGCCCAGUUGUGUGGCAGAGGGCUCAUAUUCUAUAUCCCAGCUUAUGGCUAUUAGGUACUAGUUUUGAAUCUUCACAAUAAAAAAGAAUGGGUUUUUAGAAGAAUAUGUGCAUGUUACAUAAAAAUACAGACUAAAUAGUCAGAGAAGUUUGGGAGGUCUUUCAUAAUGCUAACUGUUCCCCUUUGGCUAGUGCAAUUUCUUGGGAAUAGUGAAUCACUAUGGAAAUCUCAAUGAAUGUAUUAUGAAGUAAAGUAAGAAUAAACAAUAGAAAGUAAAUAAUACUAAAAUCUGCAACUGUGAAUUCAAGUGUUCAUUCUUUACCUACUUUACUGAGUUUGGUAUGAAACAAAUGGAAAGUGUUUGGUAUUGGCAGUGGGAAUAAUUGCUUUUAGAUUUUUUUUUUUCUUUUCAAUUGAAAAAAAAAAAAGAAAAGAAAAAUCCUUGCCCAAUGUGAUUGUAGAAUACAGGAUUUCAGGAAUGGUACUGCUUUCUCACCUGUCAGUGCUUCCAAUAUGUUCCAAUAGCAAGAUUUAAAGGAUUAUUGGAUGUUGGUUGCCAAAAUUGUUACCAAGUUCUAAAAUGUAAGUGAAGGUUGUAUUUAUUUUAAAUACUAAGAAUGAAUGUGUAAUGUCAGUUUAAAAUUUAGUUGUAUUGCUUUUUUCACUUAGCACUUGUGAUUGUUGAGCUUACUCUUUCACUGAUUUUCUAUGAGCUUGUAAUUUACUGGUUUAUACAAAAAGAUCUCACUUCUGGAUCACAUAACAACAGAAAAUGCUGAGUCAAGUAAUUGUGAAGUUUUAGCAAUGAAGGGUUCAGUGACUCAUCUUUUUAAUUAUUAUUGCAGCAUUUUAAUAGUAGCUGUCUUGCAUCAAGUAGAAAAAAUGUGCUUUCUGGUAUCUCCAGGGAGCAGGUGGUGGAAAUCUUUCCUGCUGUGAAUUAAAGUUGUUCUGUGCUUUUGUUGACUUGCCUUCCUAUCCUUCUGGAUCUCUGUGCAUGCACUGGGAAGUGUGCAGAAAGCAGACUGAUGAUCUGAAGUGAAAUCAUGACAGAAAGAUGAAUGUACUGUUAAUUUAAAAUCACAUUUAUUGCGUCAGGAUUUAACCACCUCGGUGCAGUUCCCUAGAGCUCCUCUGCUCAUACAAGGUGGGAGGGGAAGAAACCUUUACCUUCACGUGGUCCAAUUCCAAAAGUAUCACACAGAAUUACUGUUAAAGAACAUAUUGCUGUUCUUGUUCAAUAAAAAAUUUUGGGUGAAAAGUUUAAACUUACUUCAGAGAAAAAUGAGGAAAAAAUCAGAUGUGAAUAUUCAUAGAAGAGAUUUGUGUUUGUUCAGCAGUUAAAAACUGUAUACCAUAUUUUUGAAUCUACUGUAGAGAUGCCAACUUUCAUUUGUUUAUUUUCAGUAGAAUAUUUUCCUUUGUCAGUGAAACAGAUUUAACAUUGUUCUUGGGCAGUCAGCUAAGUAAGUCUAUAAUAAUAAUUUAAAAAAAAGACCAGUUUUAGCUUUUUUUUGCAACUAUGUUUCUGACCUCAUACGAAAGGUUUCCUUUUGAGUUUGUGUUCUAUAUGUACUGGAAGUGCUGUUCUCCUAAACUUACCUCUUUUAUAGAGGUAAAGAGAAUAAAGGCUUAAUCACUGCA